UACCACGUUGGCGAGGGGCUUUUCAGUCUUUUUAUUUGUUGAUGCCAAUACUCACUCUUUUUGCAGUGAUUGAUUCCUCAUCUUCUUUCUCAAUCCUUAACCACUCUCUCUUCUGCUCUCGCUCUCACUUGGGGCUGAAGAUGAGAAUUUGUGGAGCAGCAACCAGCAGCAGCUACAUCACCACAUCCAAUUCCCUUCUAGUGUUCAUUAACUCUUCUCUGUCCAGUCCUGCCAAAACCAAAUUCCUGCCCUCAGUUUCUAGAUUCACUGUCAAGCGUUCUUGCUUCUUUUCUGAAACCCAUCCGCGCAUUGCUGUCAACAAGCCCUCCAUGAACCUGUUGAACAGACUUGGGUUUGGCAGUGCAAGGGCACCGGAGAACAUGGAUUCAUCCAUUCCUCAGAGUCCGGAUGAUGACAUACCGGCACCAGGCCAGCAGUUUGCCCAGUUUGGUGCUGGCUGUUUUUGGGGUGUUGAGUUGGUCUUCCAGAGGGUGCCUGGGGUGACCAAGACAGAAGUUGGGUACACACAGGGGCUUGUGCAUAAUCCAACCUAUGAGGAUGUGUGUUCAGGGACCUCAAAUCACUCAGAAGUUGUGAGGAUCCAAUAUGAUCCUAAAAACUGUAGCUACGAGUCUCUGCUUGAUGUGUUCUGGGCUAGACAUGAUCCUACCACUUUGAAUAGACAGGGAAAUGAUGUGGGAACGCAGUACAGAUCUGGAAUAUACUACUACACGCCAGAGCAAGAGAAGGUGGCAAAGGAGUCAUUGGAACAGCAGCAGAAGCAGUUGAACAGGAAGAUUGUUACUGAGAUCCUUCCUGCCAAGAAGUUCUACAGGGCAGAGGAGUACCAUCAACAGUACCUUGAGAAAGGGGGCAGAUUUGGUUUCAAGCAAUCUGCUGCUAAGGGAUGCAAUGAUCCAAUUAGGUGCUAUGGUUAAUUUUCAAUCAGAGAUCAAUGUGGCCGGUUCCUUAGAUGUUGAAAGUCGAUAAUUUUGUUAGUAAGCAUUUGUUAAUAUAUCAACAAAGCUUGUGCACACUGUAUUUGAGGUUGAACAUGGAUAUAGCCGUAAAUUCAGUUAUAGGGUUGUAUAUUAUCUUUUAUAUAUAAUAUAAUCUUGAUUU